AUUUUGAUAUUGCUAAAAAUGAGGGAUUUUUAAGGAACGCGUGACAUACCACCACUCUGGCUCCGAGAUGCACAACAGACACUCGUGAACCUUCAUCUCCCCAACCACUUUCAUCAACAUAUCAAUGGAGCGAAAGCGCUUCCCAUGCCCGCGCACAGAGGAGCUUAAAUACGACAAGACGUUUCCUCAAAAGGGGAUGCAAACUCGCAUGCUAAGAGGGUGCAUGACCAAUUCAAAUGGCGCUAUGCCUUGGCAAACGAGGAGGGUGUACUUUGGAAUUUUGUACCAAACUGGAGGCCAAAGCCCUUAGUGAACAUCCCAUUCAUUGCAGAGGCAUAGGCCGGCAAAACACACGGUUCAAACUUGAGAUGUCGCGAAGACCGCGUCGACCACCCCUGGUUACAGAUUCUUCGAUGGCGUUUUCCCGCUUACAAUGGGAGAAAUUGCGGAGGACCAUCUAUGGCAUUGUUUGUUUGCACUUCAGUCAAAGGAAUUUGUGAGAAAGCUCAAAUUCCCAUCAGAAAGAAUUCGGGACGCCCUUUGGCCUAUUUUUGUGCUGUUUGGUGUCUGUACUCUUCGAUAUCCACUUCAAAAAGCUCAAGAGAUGCCUAUUUAUUGAAUGCAAGACCCGUGAACCAAAAACAUGAAAAACAGACUCAGAGUGGGAUGGGUCCGUCGGCAAAUUGGAAAGAUACAUAUCCAUGGAUAUUCUCAAAUGACCAACAUUAAAGACCUCGCAGCCAAAAUUUCCACCGCGGACGACGACAAUGACAGAUGGGGAUCGGAGGACGCAAAGGCAAAGUACAUCCGAUACCGGGUGUACUCUUCCGUUUAUUGGGGAAACCAAAGCCCCAUGGCUCCGGGAGCACUUCAGCAUGCUCAAGGAUUGGAACUGUUUAACGACGGAUAUGAGGCCGGGUUUCGGCGUGAAAUUGGGCAAGUUGCACAUUAUCUGCCGGAGCUGGAGAAUGGCUUCCUCUCCACAUACAAGGAAACCAUAUUCCUCAGAAAGGUCAAGAUCCGAAGAACAGCUAGUAUUGGGAGACGAGGCUGGGCUUUCAAGGCAGUUUGAACGAACGAGUUGGGCAAUCAGUGACUACAUCGACUCGGGGCCAAUGUGUUCGGCGAAGAACAAUCGGACCAUGAGUUCUUAAUUUCACCCAUACUAGUACUU